GACCCAACAAUACAAACACAGGCCAUGCGUCAUGGGUCUUUUCACAAAGUUCGUGUAUCUUUUAGGGGUGCGAAAGAAAGAAGUCAACGUUUUAGUGGUAGGGCUUAACAACAGCGGCAAAUCUACAGUAGUCAACCACUUCAAAAAUGAAGAAGAACGCGUGUCGGAAAUUGUGCCAACGGUGGGUUUCAGCGUCGAAAGGUUCCAAAACCAGAACCUGGCCUUUACAGCCUUCGAUAUGUCGGGGCACGGUCGCUACAGGGACCUGUGGGAGCACUACUACAAGGACUGCCACGGCAUCAUCUUCGUGGUGGACAGCAGCGACAGGUUGAGACUCGUGGUGGUGAAAGAAGAACUGGAUUUGCUGCUGCAGCACCCGGAUAUCUGCAACAGGAAGCUGCCGAUUUUGUUUUUCGCCAACAAAAUGGACUGUAAAGACGCUUUGAGUAGUGUGAAGAUUGCUGCAGGGUUGGGGUUGGACAAGAUCAUGGAUAAGCCCUGGCACAUUGCGGCUAGUAAUGCUUUGACUGGCGAGGGUCUGCAGGAAGGCGUCGAGUGGUUGACGCAGCAGAUAAGGGAUGUUAUUUUGAGCAAGAAUUAACUGGGUGGUUGUGCUGUAAUUGUAGUUUUUGUAUACAUAAAAAGU